CCAGUGAUCAGGGCGCUGAGGAGCGCACGAGCUUGGCGGGAGAGUGUGAGUCUCGAGGAGGCGAGUGGAUUUAAAAAGCGCGUUCUUUGUAAAAACCGUUACAGCGCGAGAGAGGCGGAGCGCGCGGGCUGAUAAACCGCUUAUUUCAGAACUGCAGCUAUGCCGUCGAGCCUGGGCCCCAGCAGCAUGGCAGCGGCUCAGCAAGAAGCUCUAGAAAACUCUGGCAGGCUCAUUGAUCGACAUCUGCAGGAAGACCGCUGCUUUCCAGACCUGUCAGAGCUGCUCAAUGUCCCCUCACACAAUAUGCCCUCUCUGUCUGGGGUAUCAGACAUGGAUUACCCACUACAAGGACCAGGACUCAUCAGUGUGCCCAACCUGCCAGAGCUGAGUGCUGUGCGUAGAGUCCCUCUGCCUCCAGAGCUUGUGGAACAGUUUAGCCACAUGCAGUGCAAUUGCAUGAUGGGAGUUUUCCCUGAGAUCAGCAGAGCAUGGCUGACUAUUGAUAAUGACCUAUUCAUGUGGAAUUAUGAGGAUGGAGGAGAUGUGGCAUAUUUUGAUGGGUUGAGUGAAACUAUCCUUUCAGUUGGACUAGUAAAGCCAAAGGAAGGAAUUUUCCAGCCUCACAUUCACUUCUUGUUAGUGUUGGCCACACCAGUGGAUGUUGUGAUCCUGGGUUUGAGCUUUCCUAAAGCUCACACAGGGUUAAAUGAUAGUAUGUCUGGAGCCAUGCAGCUCCUGCCCGACCCGCUCUACUCCAUCCCCACGGAUAACACCUACAUGCUGGCGAUCACCUCCACCGAUCUCGGACGCAUCUUUCUGGCUGGGAAGGAUGGCUGCCUGUAUGAGAUUGCUUACCAGGCUGAAGCUGGCUGGUUCAGCCAGCGCUGCAGGAAAAUCAACCACUCCAAGAGCAGCCUGUCUUUCCUUAUACCAUCUCUGCUGCAGUUCUCCUUUUCUGAAGAUGAUCCGGUUGUUCAGAUUGCUAUUGACAAUUCCCGCAACACUCUGUACACAAGGUCUGAGAAGGGUGUGCUGCAGGUUUACGACUUGGGUGCUGAUGGGCAGGGAAUGAGUCGAGUGGCAGCUAUGUCUCUGAAUGCAAUUGUUUCGGCUGCUGGGAACAUUGCCAGAACUAUUGAUCGUUCUGUCUUCAAACCCAUCGUCCAGAUAGCAGUUAUUGAUCGUUCCGAGUCCUCAGAUUGCCAGCUCCUGGCUGUCACUCAUGCUGGUGUACGUCUGUACUUCAGCACCUCUCCAUUUGCUCCACCGAAUGCCAGGCAAACCACAGCCCGGCCCAGCCUGCUCGCUCUGGUUCAUGUUCGGCUGCCCCCUGGAUUCUCAGCCUCCUCCACCCUGCAAAAGCCUUCAAAAGUUCACAAGGCACUCUACAACAAAGGAGUUUUACUGAUGGCAGCAUCGGAGACAGAGGACAGUGAUAUACUGUGGUGUAUUAAUCACGACUCCUUCCCGUUUAAGAAGCCCCUCAUGGAAGCACAGAUGACCUCAAACAUAGAUGGCCACUCAUGGGCGCUCUGUUCCAUAGAUGAUGCCAAAUCACCCAGAAUUUUGACUCCUUUAAAUAAGGACUUCAUUCCUCUCACUGAUUCCCCAGUGGUGGUUCAGCAGCACAAUAUUCCACCUCAGAAGUUUGUUCUCCUCUCUGCUCAGGGAAGUCACAUCUUUCACAAACUUAGACCAGUUGACCAAUUGCGCCAUCUGCUGGUGAGCAGCGGUGGUGGGGAGAGUGAAGAAAUUGAGCGUUUCUUCAAGCUUCACAGGGAAGAGCAGGCAUGUGCCACUGCUUUAAUCUUGGCCUGCUCCAAUGCUGCCUGUGAUAGAGAAGUUUCUGUGUGGGCUACUCGAGCUUUCUUCAGGUAUGGAGGAGAGGCUCAGAUGCGUUUCCCCUCUGCUAUGAGUGCACCAAGCAAUGUUGGACCCCUCCUCGGCUCCCCUGUACCUGGCUCCCCUAUGCCUGUUGGUAGUCCUUUUCCCAAUCCCAGUUUUCUAGCUACACCAGCUCCAGGGAUGAUGCAACCCAGUGUGUCCACUCCCUUCAUUCCUGCCACCCCCAUGACUCCUGGAGGUCCUGUCAUCCCUACCAUGUCAUCUGGUCCUGAAGUGCUCUUCUCUGGGAAGCACAAUGGCAUUGGUGUCUACUUUGCUCGCAUACUUGGCAACAUCUGGGAUGGAAGUCUGGCAAUGGAACGACCAAUCAGUAAAGGAAGCCAAACUGUCAAUAUUAUGGAGAGUACAGCAAGUUCAUCAGAUCUAGAGGCUGUUCUGCUGGAGCUUCAAGGCCUGAAAGAGUUCCUUGACAAAAACUCCCAGUUCAGCCCCACAUCUUUAGGUUCAGCAGGUUUCAGCUCUCCUGCCAACCUGCAGCAAAGGCUUCUUGGAUUCAUGCGCCCAGAUGGUGCCAGCUCUCAGCAAGUCCAGCAAGAGCUUCAGAGGAAAUACCACACCGAAGCUCAGGCCUAUGAGAAGGCAUCUCUGCAAGCCAUUCAGCAACUGGUGCACCGUUCUUUUCAAACUCUGGCUCUCUGGAAACUCCUGUGUGAUCACCAGUUCAGCCUCAUCAUCUCAGAACUGCCCAAGGAUUUUCAGGAGCAGCUGAAAGCCAUCAGCUUUAAAGACCUGGUGAUACGUGGCCGUGAGCUGACCGGGGCGCUUGUCACUGCUCUCAUCAAUGUCUACAUCAAAGACAGCGCCUCUGUGGACGCCAUCAGCUGCCACCUGCGGGAGAUCUGCCCUCUUUUGUACAGCAGCGAUGACAGUGUCUGUUCUAAGGCCAAUGAGCUGUUGCAGAGCUCCAGGCAGAUCCAGAACAAGUUGGAGAAGGAGCGCACACUGAAGGAAUCCUUACAGCUGUACCAACAGAUCAGCCACAAUGCAGACCUGCCGCUUGUUUGUUCACAGUACAGACAAGUUCGUUUUUAUGAGGGUGUUGUGGAGUUGUGCCUCACAGCUGCUGAUAAGAAAGACCCCCAGAGAUUGGGCCCACACUUUUAUAAGAACGGGGAACCAGAGGAGGAUGCUGUUGGACAGCAAGCCUUCCAGGACAGGUUGUCGUGUUAUAAGUGCAUCACAGACACCAUGCAGGAGCUGGUGAACCAGAGCAAAGCAGCUCCUCAGUCUCCCAGUGUACCCAAACAGCCUGGGCCCCCAGUCAUGACAUCUGAUCCCAAUAUGCUCAGCAAUGAAGAUGCUGCUGCCCAUUUUGAGCAGAUGCUUGGCCUAGCUCAGAGGUCGCAGGAUGAACUGUUCCAUAUCGCUCUUUAUAAUUGGCUAAUACAGGCUGACCUCACUGACAAACUGCUUGAGGUGAACUCCCCAUACCUUGAGGAUCAUUUAAUGCACAUGAUAAAGCAGGACCAGAGUAAAGUGCGCAACAUGGACCUACUCUGGCGUUACUACGAGAAGAGCCGCAGCUUUGGCAAAGCAGCUCACGUGCUGGCCAGGCUAGCUGACAUGCACAGCACAGAGAUUUCUCUGAAACAGAGACUUGAAUACAUCUCCCGGGCCAUCCUCUCCGCCAAGAGCUCAUCCUGCAUUUCAUCCAUGGGAGCUGACGGAGAGUUCUUGCAUGAACUGGAGGAGAAGAUGGAGGUGGUGCGUAUUCAGGUCCAGAUCCAAGAAACACUAAGCAGACAGUACUCGCAGCAUCCCUCUGUGCAGGGAGCGAUAUCUCAGCUCGACUCUGAGCUAAUGGACAUUACCAAGCUUUAUGGGGAGUUUGCUGACCACUUCCGGUUGUCUGAGUGCAAACUGGCUAUCAUUCACUGCGCCGGCCACUCAGAUCCUAUCCUGGUCCAUUCGCUGUGGCAGGAGAUUUUGGAGAAAGAGCUGAGUGACAGUGUGGUAAUGAGUCCAGCCGACCGUAUGCGGGCCUUGAGUCUGAAGCUAGUGUCUCUGGGGAAGCUGUAUGCAGGGACACCACGAUACUUUCCACUGGAGUUCCUGGUCAAGUUUCUGGAGCAGGAGGUGUGUAAAAUGAACUGGGAUGUGGGCUUUGUCACCUUCACGAUGCAGGAGAUUGGUGUACAACUUCCACGUCUGCUGGAAGUCUAUGAUCAGCUCUUUAAGAGUCGGGAUCCAUGUUGGCAGCGUCUAAAGAAACCCCUCCAUCUAGUGGAAUGUAUUCACGUUCUCCUGUCCGGAUAUGUUGAUGACCCCAGCCGAGUGCCCACUUAUGACAGACGGAGGUUCACUAAUGUAUGUUUGGACAACAUCUGUGGCUAUCUGGUGGAACUUCAGUCUCUAAGCCCCAAUGCUGCCCUGCAGGAGAUAAUUCGCAACUUCAAAUCUCUGCAAGCCAAACUAGAGAAACUGCACUGAGACUAAUGAGCGGAGACCAAACAUGAGUGUCUGUGAAUGGACUGUGUUUUGCCUCAUUUUUCUUCCUGAUAACAAUUUAAAGGUGGUCAAAAGCAGAAAAAGCCAAGGGAUUAAAAGACAAGUCAAAGCACUCAAAACAUUUAUGCAACCUCAUAUACAGAUUCUGAUCUAUACAUUCAUCUUUCUCUCUUGAUGCCUGAAAUCUUUUAUACAUCUAUACUUAAUGUAUGUUAAAGCAUACAGAGAUUAGGGUGCCAUAAUAUUUGUUCUCAAAGGUGCUGUACAUGAGAGAGAUGGGGUCUAUUAGUGAUUUUCAUUGUGUUUAAAAGGCUUGUUUAUUAACAUUUUGCAGGAGAAAUGUUGAAUUAUUUCCCAGUAGACCAGCAGACUCUAAUCAGGGGUUAGUACAGCAACCGUCAGCAAAAAAAUCAUCUGAUAGAUGAAUGGAGCGGUUUCAAAUUGUGCUUUCAUUGGUAAGCUCAUUUUUGACGAUUCCAUAUUGAUUGGAAUUACUACUUAGUUUUUCAUCAUGUGUUUACAUUAAGUCCAGUUGGACCAUGCUAGUGAAAUGAAUUGUAAGCACUUCUGGAGAUGGGAUGUAAUUCUAGAGCUACCUCUACUGCUCCAAAUAUCUGCCAUUGAGGGUUCAGGUUGUUUGUAAUUCGCUGUCACUACUAGUGUACUCUGAUCUCGCUGAUUUUCUUUUUUAUUUGUGGUCAUGUGGCCAACUAGCGUCAAUAUUUAAAAUUUAAAACAAAAACAUCACGUUGGUUUGAGCUGAAAUGAGGUGAAUGAGGACUAUAUUGGAUACCUUUUUAAAAAUAUUUUUUUUUAUAUAAAUGCUUGAGUGAGUUUGAAUGUUCCGAUUUGUUAGAAACAUAAAAAAUAAAAGAUUCUCUCAAACCAUA